CAGCGACAGCGCCCUCCACCCAAAAGGCGGUAAGUGGACAAGUCGCAGCUUGCGCCCUUGACAGGUGGACGGAGAAAAGGGAGCCUGACGCUGGCCCCAGAUUGCGGAUUGUCGCAGCUUUGGGGCAUCUCCUCGGCUUCUACCUUGCUCUCACAGGCAUCUCCUUUGUCUCUCUCUUUUUCGCUCUGAGGUCCUUUUUCACCUUUUUACUCUCGUCAUUUACUCCUUUUUACUCUCUUUUAAUGCACUCUUUUAAUGCAUUUUUUUACUUGUCAUAUUUUUAGUCCCAACAAGUCGCGAACCCCGCUCAACGGUUCUAAUUACAGCAGUGGUCAAAGCGCAACAUAGGCGGGAGGACUCGGUGAAAAGAUAAUCCGGAUGAGAUGACUAAGCGGCGGGCACUGAGAUGGGAGUCCGACAGCAAAGAACCAUUCCAGCAGGUAUACUUCGGACACGAGCAGAGGCCGAUAGAUGUUGGAUGACGAGGGUAUUCAAGCAUAUAAAGAGAGAGCGAUACUACUGGGAGAUACACCUACCAUAGACUCAGAGAUAGAGAUACUAUACUUUACCUCCUACGCGAUACAAUGGCAUCCCACGAGAUCCUCCCCUGUACCCCCGCAGACACGCUCGAGAUGGCCCGUCUCGAACGCGCAGCUUACGGCCCCGAACCACUCACGCUUCUCAUGUUCGGAGAGCCUGCACCAUCCGCCAUCAACGCGCGAGCAGAUAAAUUCGCCCAGAUGAUGGACCACCCUUCCUCGCGCUUGUGGAAAGUCAUGGCAGACGAUGGCAAGAUAGCCGGCAUUGCGCUGUGGAAUUUCAGGACAGACGAGAACUGGAUCGAGCAGCUGGAUGGGCCUGAAAAGCCGGACGAGUACGUCGAGACAGGCGAGGAAGGGCUGCCGGAGUCAGGGUAUGCGGCUCGCAGGGCAUUCUUCAACUGGCUUUAUGGCGUCCGGAAGAGGAGGAUGGGCGGAAAACCACACGUUUUGCUGAAUCUUCUCGCGGUGCAUCCGGAUUAUCAGCGGCGAGGCAUCGGCGGGGCGCUCGUGAAGCAUGGUCUUGAAGAGGCGAAGAAGUUGGACAUGCCAACUUGGUUGGAGGCGUCGCCGGAAGGGUUUCCGCUUUACACGGCACAUGGCUUUGAGAUCGUGGAGCCUGUUGCCUGGACGCUGGCGGAGUAUGGAGGAAAGGAAGAGGAUGGCAAGGUCGAGUCGUGGGGAAUGAUCAAGGAAGCUGCUUGAUCUUAUCUUAUCGCCAUUCACUAGCUAGUUAUCAUCACGUGGCGAUAAGAUUGUACAUACUCUCAACAUGGACAUAUAGACAAGUUGUGUUUUGAUAUAGAAAGAAGAGGCAAGUCUACUUCGCAAACUCUGCUCCGUACUCAUCUAUAAUCCACUGACAAAAGGCUUCCCACUCUUGUCGCCACAGUUUCAUCCUCUCUGCCUUAACGCCACCACCCUCAUACCCCUUAUCGAUACCCCCCACCCACUGCUCGUCGUCCUCGUCUUCAAAAGCAGCAUACCGCACACUGUUCUCUGCCAGCGAGCCCAGUCCCGCCAGUCCCAGGUUCUCCCAGGCCUGCACCGCCUGCCAGAAAUCAUGAGACAUACCCGACGUCCCCUGUCCCAACAGCGCAGGGUCAUCGUUGCUCAGCGAUGCAGAUACCCCGCGCGCCAACAGGGCUGGCAAGGGAUGUGCUAGGGCAGUGGCAGUCAACCGCAGCACCUCGUUGGAGAUAGGACAGCUCUCAACCAUGAUGCGGCGCUCCUUGACGAUGUCGAUUAGGUGCGGGUGUUUGAAGAGCGAGAACGCAUGGCCGAUUCGUCGGGUGUUGAGCAGGAUGGCGUCGUAGAGGUUGCGGUCCGUGCUGUCACCAUCUCCCAGGCAUUCACCAGCAUGGAAGAAAAAGGGUAUAUUUAAGUUUUGAGAUAUGCACUGUUGCCGGAACCACAGAAUUUGAGGCAUUAAGGCCGCGAGCGUUUGGCCCAGGUCCUC